CAGAGUCUAGGCUCCGAGAUGGGUGCUGCCGAGACUGCAGAGGCUUCUGUGGGCAUGCUCAGUACCACAGACUGCCUGAAAGAGGGUAAAAAGCUCCAAGGAAAAUGUCACAGAAUAAUCUCCCCUGAGUCUCCUGCUAAGCUCUACUGCUGCUGUGCAGUGAUCAUGGUCCUCACUGCAGCUAUAAUUGCACUGUCUGUUGCUGUGUCAGUAAAGAAAGAACAGGUCUCAAUCAAAAACACCUAUGCUGUUUGCCCAAGAGACUGGAUUGGAUUUGGGAGUAAAUGUUUUUAUUUUUCUGAAAAUACAAGUAGUUGGACAUUCAGCCAGAUCUUAUGCAUGGAACUGGAGGCCCAGCUAGCUCGAUUUGACAGCCUGGAGGAGCUGAAUUUCCUGAAGAGAUACAAAGGGAUUUUUGACCACUGGAUUGGCCUGCACAGGAACUCAUCAGAGCACUCUUGGAGUUGGACAGACAACACUGAAUAUAACAGCUUGGUUUCCCAUCCGAGGAGUGGAAGAACAUGCUUACCUGAACAACAAUGGCAUCAGCAGUGCCCGGGACUAUGCAGACAAGAGAUGGAUCUGUAGCAAGCUCAACAGCUAUACCCUCCAAUGCAAAAAUCAUUUUUCUCAUUUCUAGUCUUUUCUAUGAGAUGCUUUAUAACCUGGCAUCUACAGUUGCUACUCUGUCGCCUAUUUGCCAACAUUGUUAUCAAAAGGAACUGUUAAUAUUUCUCCACAUCACAAAUGAAACCCAUCUUGAAGAACUGCACAUACACGGGUUUAGAGGAAGAUAGAUGAGUCUAAAAUAGGUGUUGCCAUUCUUUUCUUAAGCCUACAGUACAAUUAAGGUUAGUGAACCUCACUUUUACGAUAUGAAGUAUUUGUGCAGACAGUUUACCUUUUGAAUUUAUUUAUUUAUUUUAGAUAUAUCAUUUUAUUUUAAU